ACUUGACCAUAAAUCUCAAACCGACUUAAGCUGCAACUUUCAUCCCUGCUCUCUCACUAGGGUUACAACUUACAACACAGACGGACGCGGUCGUUGUUUGGAUCAUUUGUCCGUACAAGACCCUUUACGAGAGAGCAAGACGGAAGCCAUGGACAUGCAAAGCGAUUUCGAUAGGUUGCUUAUGUUUGAGCUCGCUCGCAAAACCGCAGAAGCUACAUACGCCAAGAACCCUCUCGACGCCGAUAAUUUAACGAAAUGGGGAGGGGCUCUGCUAGAGUUGUCUCAGUUUCAAAAUAUUCCAGAUUCGAAGAAGAUGAUUUUAGAUGCCGUUUCGAAGCUAGAGGAGGCAUUGAUGGUUAGCCCCAACAGACAUGAUACAUUAUGGUGCCUGGGUAACGCAUAUACUUCUCAUGCUUUUUUGACUCCCGACUUUGAGGAGGCUAAAGAGUAUUUCAACAAGGCAACUCAGUACUUUCAGCAAGCUGUUGACGAGGAUCCUUCAAAUGAACUGUAUCAGAAGUCUUUAGAAGUGGCUGCAAAGGCUCCAGAAAUACACUUGGAGAUCCAUAAGCAUGGUGGUUUAGCUCAGCAAGCUAUGGGAGCUAGUGCUGGUCCUUCUUCUACUUCAUCAAGUGCAAAGAGUUCAAAAAAGAAGAAAAGCAGUGAUCUCAAGUACGACAUUUUUGGAUGGGUGAUCCUUGCUGUUGGCAUUGUUGCAUGGGUGGGAUUUGCAAAAUCGCACAUGCCUCCACCACCUUCCCCUCCACCCAGAUAAGUGAAGAACAUUCAUUUUGGAGAUUCAGUAUCAGUUAGUCUAUCGAGUUGAUUUUUGGAGAAUUGAGAAUCUCAUGUCAAGUAUCGUUUUUUUCAGUUAUUGAUCUUAGUAGUGAUUUUCCUUUGUAAACCCAUAAAUAAGUUUUAGAGAGCUAUCAUCUAUAUGAUUUUUUUUUUUUUGAAAUUACGGGGGGUUGAAUUUGUGUCUAAAGUCUCGUGUCGAAAUGACAAUUUAUCAGAAUUGCAGAGUUCUAACCGACAGUCAACUUCUUAAUUAUAAUAUUAGGUUACUUUUGGGAAGUCAAUGUAUGAUUGGAUUGAACUAAAUAUUUAGUGAUAGGAUUGGAUUGUAAACUCAUUAUGCUUUUGAGAAUCAUAGGAGAAUAUGUGAAUAGUAUUUGGCUUCA